AACAAGUUAAAGCUGCCUGUACGACGAGUACUUGCAAAACAAUAACAACAAAGGCAUGCACAAGCUGUUGCUUGGCGGGGUUUAGACAAAUAGCACAACAGAAUUGAAAAUGAAACGUUGCAUACAAGAAGAGGAGAUGAUUCCGAAAAUAAAAAACAUUGGCAUUUAUUUCGCUUUCGCCGCUUGACGUUAUUAGAAGUGCGAGCAGAGUAGUAAGGCAAGCUUAGGCGCGUUUGUGUUUUGUGCUUUCUUAAUAACAUUAUUGGUGUUAUUUCAAAUAAAAAUUAUUUAAUGAGAGAAUAAAUAUUGUAUAUUUUAAAAAUAUAUAUUUAAAUAAAGUGAAUAAUAUGUUAAAUGCAUAAAGUGUGAAGAAAUUAAAAUUAUAAAAUUGAAUUAAAAGAAACAACACAGUAAAGCGUGAGUGAACUGUUUUUUUUUUUUAUAUACAAUUUACUUAAAUUGACACAUUUUUGGAUUACGCAUUUGAUAUUCCUUUUGCUUCGAAAAGGUCAUUGAGCUUAUCAACAAUUUGAAAGACUAAACGCAAAUAAAAUAAUUCUCUGGCAAGAUGACGACUGACUGUGGGACUUGGAUAAGCAAAUACAUGCUUUGUUUAUUUAAUUUUAUAUUUUUUGUACUUGGAACGAUUAUGCUCGGCGUCGGUAUAUGGUUAUGUAUUGAUAAAGCUUCUCUAAUUGUGCUACUCAAACUGGUCGAAGGGAAACAUAUCAAUGAAAUCGAUCAUUUAAUCAAGAAAGAAGUUUUCCUCAAAAUUCAAGAAGUUUUUUUUCAUGAUUUUACACAACCACAGGUCAUUGAACAGAUGGCCUAUGUUUUGAUUGCCAUCGGAGGAAUUAUGUUUGUUCUAAGUUUUCUUGGCUACUGUGGAGCGAUACGAGAAUCGCGUUGCUUCUUAAUGACAUAUGGUGUACUACUAAUUAUGUUACUUGUAGCCGAAAUCGUGGCUGGCGGACUUGCUGCAUUUUAUAAGGAAACUGCUCGUAACGAAACGAAAAACUUUUUGGAAACAACAAUUACGAACUAUUAUAAGUCCAGUGACAAUCCUGAUGCAGUAACCCAUAUGUGGAAUCAAAUGAUGAGCAAUUUUGCUUGCUGUGGCGUAAAUGAUUAUCGUGAUUUCGAAAAGUCUCAAUCAUGGAUGGAACGCCGAGGUAAUCAUACAAUACCGGAGGCAUGCUGUAUACUGAAGGAUGUGUCUAAUUAUAUACCACGAGAUGACGAUUGUGUAACAAAUCCCAAUGAAAAUAAUAGUUUCUACAAAAAUGGCUGCUAUGACGUCAUGGUUGAUUGGAUUAUAUCCCAUCGUGAAAUUAUAAUUGGAGUUUUAGCAGUAGUUGCAAUUAUUCACAUAAUUGGCAUUAUCCUCGCUUUAAGUCUGUACAAAUCGUUUUCUAAAUAUCAUGGAAUGAGACUGUAAUUCUUAGCAGUCUAAAGUUAUAUAUUAUUUUAGACAAUUAAAAAAAAAAACAAAUAA